AUGAGUAAUCUAACAGCAAACCAAAUCACAAGUUUGCAUUUAUACGACUUAGCUCAUGCAGUUCCUUUGAACCCAUUGAGUAAACAGUAUUCAUUAUUAUUCCAUAAAUUUAAUCAAGAGAAAUCAAUCAAUUUACCUAACAACCCAAAUAUAACACAUCGAAUCUGUAACUCGUGUGGAGGGGUGCUAAUACAUGGGUUGACUUUAUCUAUUCGAAUCAAGCAUGGGAAGGUGAAUAAAAGGAAAAAGAAGAGGCUAUCAAAAGUAGAUGCAUCUGAUUCAAACACAAAGACAGCAAAACGAUUCAUGGAACUUAAAUGCUUGCAAUGCAAUCAUAAAGAAUAUAAUAGAGAUUUGAUCCAACCGAAACAAAAAGAAAUUCUGCAAGUAUCAGAACCUGUGGAGACAAACCCACUAGUUGGCAUUUCAUCAUCAGCGGUUACUGCUUUAACAUUUUCUAGAUCACAACUGCCAUCAUUCAAAGCUGAAUGGACUCCAAAAAGUACAAAUCAAGUACGGUCCAAUAGUGAUAAAGAUAAUAACAGUAACUCUAAGUCUAAAGAAAGAUCAAAGAAAAGAAAACAGAAUAAUUUAUCAAAUCUUUUGCAACAAAAGAAACAACAGAAAUUAAAUGAAUCAAAAGGUAUUGGGUCAUUAAGCUUGCUGGAAUUUUUAAAGUAA